AUUACCAAAUUUUUAACCGAAAAAGACGCACGCGUGCGGUUCGUAACUUGAAACACUUGAAAUAAAUUUAAAUAAACAUAAACACGUGACAAUAAAAAAUAACUAAAACUAAAAACCAACCGAAAAAAGUUGUAAUUAAUAUUUAAAUAAAAUUUAUUUAUCAUUUUUAAUAAAUAUCAGACUUUAACCUACACUAUAUAUAGAUCUACGAUCUAGCGUGUGGUCCAGUGAGUCCGGUAUCAGAUAACAAGGUGUUUAUUUAAUCACAUAAACAACUUUAUUCUUUUUACAUUUAUAUUGUAACUUGCCAAGUGCGUAAUAAGUUUAAUUGAAAAAUAAAAGAAUAAAAAAUGUCUACAUUUACUGGCAAGUCCAUAAAAUCAAGACUUGGAUUUUUUACGAGAAAUGGUGAUGAUGAUAAUGAUGAUGAUGAUGAUGCUACCAGCAACAUGGAUUGGAAUUCUAGUAGACAAAAAAUAUCUUUCAGGAUUAGAAAUAAAUCCCAGCCCAAAUUAAUUGGUUUUAUUAAUGGUAAUAAUGGUCAUGAUGAUGAUGAUGAUGAGAAACGAACAGGUAAAAAUAAAAAUCUAGUAUUAUUUACUCGAAAAAAUAGAUUAAGUGGAACAGAACCAUAUAAUGUAUCUAGAAGACCAAAAGCUGUUUGGAAUAAAUUAGAUAACCUUAGUGAAGCAAACUGGUACCAAAUAGUGAUGCCGCACGUCCAUAUGUAUGAUAAAAAAAUAAUAAUUGAUGCUUUAUUAAAUUAUAUGAAACCACAGACAUUUGUACCAAUCAUGUAUAAAAUUGUAAAUCGCAAGGCUAUAUUUUAUGUUGAUAAUCAAGAGGCUGCUGAACGAUUGGUUAAUUGUCAUGAAAAAAUAUUUAUUGAUCGUGGUUUUAAGAUACGUAUUAUUUCAGAGUUAUCAGGAUUUCCAAAAUUUGAAUUUGAUGAAGUAUUUAAAAUGCGUAUUAGAUUAGCUAUGGCAAAUAGAUACGUUGAAGAAACUAAAUCACUUAAUUUGUCGUGUUUUCAUCAUGAUGUUCAUCUUAUUGACGAUUAUUUUUGUGCUUUAUUUAGACCAGAGAUACUUAUUUAUGUAUUACAAAUAGCUGCGGAAGCAGUACCAUAUUUAGAAGCGUUAAAUCUUGAUAACAAUAAAUUAUCAAGGAUUGAAAAAUUGACUGUAUUAAGUACUCAUUUUAAAAAUUUAAAAAUUCUUUAUCUUGGUAAUAAUAAAAUAAAGUAUGAAUCGACAUUAAAUGUAUUGAAGGAUCUUAAGUUAGAGGAACUACGUCUCGAAGGUAAUGAUUUUAUCAGUAAAUUGCAGAAGAUGGAUUUGAAUUACUCAUCUGUGAUAAGAGAAAAGUUUCCAAAUCUUGUACGUCUAGAUGGUAAACCAUUGCCAAAAGUUAUAAAAUUUGAUAUUGAAGAAACAAAAUCUCUGCCUGAAUUUAUUAAAUUUUUUGCGACAAAUUCUCACGUCCUGGAAAUUACUCAACAGUUUAUAAAACUGUAUUUUGACAUUUAUGAUAGUGAUUCACGACAGCCAUUACUGGAUGCUUAUCUUGACAAUGCAGUUUUCACAAUGACAAUAGAUCCUAAUUCUACAAUAGAUGUAAACAGUGUGUAUGCAUCUGCUGAUAGAAAUUUAAUCCACACAAAAAAUUUUAGAAGAAUAAAAUUAUUUAAUAAAGGAAGGCUUCACAUUGUCACUUGUUUAUCAGGAUUUCCAAAGACUCAACAUCUUGCUGAAACUUUUACUAUCGACAUAAAUGCUCUCACAGAGUCUAUGAUGAUAAUAACAAUCACCGGAUUGUUCAAAGAACUUGGUUUCAAAAACAAAACUGUUCGUUUCUUUAGCAGGACAUUUAUUAUUGAACAAUUUGGAACCGGAUACUGUAUCAGCAAUGAACAACUUCACUUAACUGAUGCUACUAAAAAUCAACAGCAGUUUGUUAAUCAACAGCAACUGGUUCAUCAACAGCAGCUAAUUAAUCAGCAACAGCAGCAGAAUAUCUUUCAGUCAACCCAAAGUCUUGAGAGAAUCCCAAGUACACCAGCACCAGUUUCAUCGCCGAUUAUACCGAAUGGUAACACUCAACUUCCUGAUACCAUCAAAGAGCAAAUGACCCGAGCAUUGAGUGUAACAACGAAAAUGAAUUAUGAAUGGAGCUACAAGUGUUUAACUGAAGUUAAUUGGAUUUAUGAUAUUGGUAUCAAAGCAUUCGAGGAACACCAUAAACGAGGAGCUAUACCUCCAGAAGCUUUUAGGUGAUGGUGCUUUGUUUAUUUUUUCUGCUUUAUAUUUUAUUUUAUUUAUUUUUUUGUUACCGCUUAUUACUUAUGUCAUGACUAAAAAAAGUUUAUUGUUAAAUUUAAGAUUUUGAACCAUAAUUUUUUAUGGUUUCUUAUCAUCAAAGUAUUACAUUACUUAUAAAGUCUAUAUUAAGAUAAAAUAUAUGAUAAAAUCAAAGAUUUAAAUUCAUCUUAAUUUUGAUUAAUCAAAGUACUUAUCAAUAAUCUCUAGUUACUGAAAUAAAUACUCGUAAUAUUUUAAGUAAUUAAUA